AUGACUUCUCGGGCUCCGCUGCAAGCCGCAGCGAACCUCCUGGCGGAGAACGUCGUUGGAGAUGUGCCGCCGCUGCAGACCAUCAAAUCGGCUAGGCGAAACUGGUUGAGCCAAAAUCAGGACCCUGCGAAUCAGGGCUCGGAUGAAGGCUUGCUAGCAUGGAGGCAGUGGCUCCAGCAGGCCUCAUCUCGCCAGGCCAAUGUCACGGACGUUCUCGAGCUGCAAGUUCACCACCUUUCAGGUGACAUCUGUGCGCUGGUUGCUCUCGCCUUUGUAGAGGUGGCCAAAAUGGCCAUCCAGAACGGCACCUAUGGCGAGUCCUACGCCGUGGCAGAUUGUAGCUUUAAGCUGAACAAAUCUCGGUGGACCCUUUUCCUUCUCGGUCUUUCGGCGAAACACAAAGACGAUUCUGGUAGGUGGCGAUCUGAGCUGCUGCCCUUGACCUUUGGCUGGGCCCCGAAAGAAGAUGCCGAGAGCUUGAACUACCUCCUCAGCUUCUGCGUCCAGUGGUAUGAAGAACGAGGCUUGUCGCUGCGUGCGUUGAAGGAGGCAGGGGUACGAACCUUGCCACAUUGUAUAACCCCUAUGAACCCCAGUACGCAUGUCGGAUUUGGGAUCCCCGCACAAGUCCACUGGGAUAACACAGCAGCGGGAAGAAGUGCCCAUGCUGCCGUCCUCCCUGGAGUACUGUUCCGUCGAUGCCUCCGUCACCAAUUGGCAGCUGUCCGACGCCAUGCAGGUGCGCAGAAGAAGUUCGUUGUUGCCACCAUCCACGUCACGGCCACCUGCAUGAACCCCUUCCAGUUCCAUCUCAUUUGGUCUUCGGUGCUUGAAAGAAUCGAUGAACCGGAAUGGCGAGAGUACGUGGAAGAGCAUGUGCUGCAGAGGUCCGGUGGCCUGUGGACGGCCGAGUGGUACAAGCCGCCCAGACUGGCGGAUUGGGAUCCGUCUGUGAAUGACUCGGUGUGCCGGGAUUCACUUUCGCCUGGCCUGGGCCAGAGCAUCGAGAGCUGGUGGUCUGCGGCCAAGCGAUGCAUGCCAGGUAACGUCGGCCACAUGACGAUCCAGAAUGCGACCCUGGAACUCCAGAAAUACCUGCGUGCAUCCUGGCAAGUGCAAAAGGGCUAUGUUAAGGACAAUCGUGUCCAGGAGCCAGGCGAGGACAGGUCUCGUCCUUGGCCAACCUCCUUCAAUCCCAAGUUGUUGUCCGAGGGCCUGGUGGAGCGCAACAAAGCUGAGGACGGCUAUGUGCAUCGUUGGCCGCCUGUGACUUCCCUGGUGCAACAUGCCCCCGCCAACUACUGCUGUCAGAACUUCAAGGUGUUGGAAUUUCACAGCGUCCGCCGCGUCUAA